UUCGAGGUGUACGCAUAGUUCGGUUGUUCCACGGCUCGCCUUAGAGCAGUCAGUGAUGUUAUUCGACUUCGCCGAUGUCACCGUAAAAAUCGUUCCCGUCGCUGUAAUCGUCGUCGUCGUCAUCGUUGGUUUUGCUUUCUGUGAAGAACUACUAGCUACUUCUAGAGCCUAGUGAUUCGUGUGCGAGGACGUGCACUUUGCGAUUCGCUAAUCUAUCGAAACGGGAAACAGCGCAGAAAAGUGUGUCAAUCGUGCAAUUUGCGUUCAAUUCUCAGUCUAUUUGUGUGCUAUUGUUCGUAGUGAAGAGUGUGUAGUGCCUCGUAUUGAUGACCAGGUCUGCCUGCCUGCCUGCGGUGAGGCAUUCUGGAUGUGCUGAAAAUCUUCAAUGAAGCCUUUCGUGCUGCCAAGGUGCCGUUUGCUGGUGGAAGAAGAUUGCGCUGUUGUGGGAGAGCGCAUAGUAUCACACAGGUGAAGCGUAUGUAUUCGGUGCGCGCAAGAGGAAGAUAGAUAGUCUAAAAAGGAGGAAAGUUCGGUGCACGACAGAGUGAGUGCGAAGCUAAGCAACUCGAUUGCCUGCCUGCCUGCCUGUAUGUCCGUUGUGUAAGGAGUAUUUUUAUGUUUUCUGCUAUUUUUUGCCACCAGUCAGUGCACACUUGGAUCAUGUUGACUGGGUUCUUUCGGGUGCAACAUAUUUCUAAGGUCAUGCCACAGAAAGCCUACAAGUGAGUGAAUAAGGCCACACAAAGUAGGAUGCUUCUAGAAGAGUGUGAACGGCUAUUUGAAUCAAGUCAUUCGUUGGGUUAAGUUGCUUCAAAGGUGGCCUAAAAUGAUUCGUGCUAGUGAAAUUGAAGAGGCAGUGCUUUAGAAAAAAUAAUUACAGCCUUUGAAUAAUACCACCUGACGGAAGAUAGAUUGCAAAAGUGGUAUCCAAAUGUUCAAAUAAUUAAAGUUUUGAACAAACCCAAAUUUGUGCCAGUGGUGUUCCUUCCGAGCUUGGCAGAUUUUUGUCUGGCGCGAGUCUCUUCCCCGCGACGCGGUUUAGUCCGUUCGUAAGAGUGUGUAUGUGCAGCAGGCUUGUAACCUGCGACGCGAAGCAGACGACCAUAACGGAAUCGAAACAAAACAACAACAACGAACAAAACGACGGAUAGAAAAGCAAAAAAAAACACAAAUAUUUUGCAGUGCCACAGCGCGCAUCGCUUGUGGAAGAUGAACAACAACAGCUCCCGGUCGCAUCUGCAGUCUCUGUUCAACAACUCGCUGGCCAUUCGCCAGGAGAUACAGAGAUUCGAAAGUGUCCACCCGUCGAUCUACGCCAUCUACCAUCUGAUCGACCUGCUGGACGACAGUCAGGUUGCGUCGCAGAUUCGCGAUCAUGUCGUCUGCAUUGAAGAUUCGUUCGUUAACAGCCAGGAGUGGACGAUCUCACGAUCCGUACCGGACAUACGGCUGGGAAUCGUCGGCAGCCUCAGUUCCGGCAAAUCGGCGCUGGUACACCGUUACCUGACCGGAUCCUACAUGCAGGAGGAAUCGCCCGAGGGUGGCCGCUUCAAGAAGGAAAUCCAAAUCGACAACCAGAGCUACCUGCUGCUGAUACGGGAUGAGGGUGGUCCGCCGGAGAUGCAGUUUGCUGCCUGGGUCGACGCGGUUAUCUUCGUAUUCAGCCUGGAGAACGAGUCGAGCUUCAACGCCGUCUACACCUACUACACCAAAAUGUCGCACUUUCGCAACAGUUCCGAGAUUCCGAUCAUCCUGGUCGGAACGCAAGAUGCCAUCAGCGAACGGUCACCGCGGGUCAUCGACGACGCCCGAGCGCGCAAGCUGGCCCAGGAUCUGAAACGGUGCUCGUACUACGAAACAUGUGCCACCUACGGGUUGAACGUGGAACGGGUCUUUCAGGACGCCUGCCAGAAGAUCGUCCAGCAGCGCCUGUCGACCGGUUCCGCCAUCACACCGACAAAUUCGCGACCAACGACGCCGCAAGGCACCCGCCUCGGGGUGGCCAGUUUUCACGCAACCGUUCCUAGCCCAACGAAUGGUUUUUCGUCAUCAACCGGCAGUCCGGCGAGUGGCCUAACGUUGAGCAGUUCCUCACCAAGUCAUCACAAUAACCCGCACCAUCAAGUUCAGCAACAACAACAGCAGCAGCAGCAACAACAACAACAACAGCAGCACCAGAACCAGCAGGGAACGAUGACACUUCCCCACAGGCAUCACGUUCUUUCCGCUUCGAGCCAUCACAUUCCGAUCAAGCUCAGUGCGGAAAUGUUGGCCAGUGAAACUGGCCACCUGAUUCCGCAGCGCGAAUCUCAUCCUCCGCAAAAGUGGGGAACCAUCUCGCACGGAACCUCCCAGCAGACGCUGUUGGCUUUGACCAAUGAGAACAACAACAUCGCCAAAUUUGUUCCGCCGACCCAUCCGGUGUCGUGUGAAGGACUGCAACCGCUGGGUCUGAUUUCCGGAAAAGAUUCCGGUGGUGGAAGCAGUGGUGGUGGUGGUGGGAAGGACAAAGAACUACCGACACCAACCUCCACACCGACCACGUCGAGAAAAAGCCGGCGAAGAUCGAAUCUGUUCAUUCCUUCCUCAUCGAAGAAGGAACAACAGGAUAAAAUUAAAAACGGAGAACUGGGAAGUGGCCGAGCCAUUCCCAUCAAGCAAGGUUAUCUGUACAAACGGAGCAGCAAAUCGUUGAACAAGGAGUGGAAGAAGAAGUACGUGACAUUGUGCGACGACGGCCGGCUCACGUACCAUCCGUCGUUGCACGAUUAUAUGGAUGAUGUCCACGGUAAGGAGGUGUCACUGCAAUACGUUACGGUUAAGGUGCCCGGACAGAAACCACGAGGCUCCAAAUCGAUAAUCACCAACAGUGCCCUAACGGGAGCCAAUCUGUCCUCGACGGCGGCAAUAAAUGGAAAAUCCGCCGGCCAAACCGGCUGCCAAACGAUGUCGGCAUCUAGUGCCACUGCCAGUAAUGGUCUGACGGAAGGAAUUGGCGGCCUGUCGUUGGCCAAAGAUCGGAAACUAACCGAAAAGGUACUGUUGACCGCGUUUGAUACCCUGCGUGAACCGGUUAAGUCCAACUCGCAGACCAGUGGCGAUGAAGGAAUCGUGAUUAGUAACAGCAACUCGCAGAGUUUCAUCGGUUCCGAUGGGAACUCGAGCAAGCUGGAUGCUCAGACACCGAACGUGAAAAAGCGUCACCGACGGAUGAAGAGCAGCGGUGUGGGGAAGAACAAUGAGUAUGAAGAUUCCGAGGGGUUCGAGUUCUACAUCGUUUCGCUGGACAACAAGCAGUGGCAUUUCGAGGCGUCCAACUCGGAGGAACGGGACGAGUGGGUGUCGGUGAUCGAGCAGGAGAUUUUCAAAUCGCUGCAGGGCAUCGAAUCGUCCAAAUCGAAACCGUUGAAUCCGAGCGAUAUCGCCUCGAUGCAGUCCAUCCGGAGCCGGGUACCGGGCAACGGGUACUGCGUGGAUUGCGAUUCGCCGAAUCCAGAAUGGGCCAGCUUGAAUUUGGGUGUUCUCAUGUGUAUCGAAUGCUCAGGUGUGCAUCGGAAUCUUGGCUCGCACAUCAGCAAAGUGAGAUCGCUUGGGCUGGAUGAAUGGCCACCGGGUCACCUUAGUGUGAUGCUCGCCAUCGGAAACAGCCUGGCCAAUUCGGUGUGGGAAUCGAAUACCCGCGGACGGGUGAAACCGACUCCGGCCAGCUCCCGUGAGGAAAAGGAAGCCUGGAUCCGCAAUAAGUACGAGGCAAAAGAAUUCCUACCUGCGUUCAAUCCGUCUCCGCCGAUCGGCCAGCAGCUGCGCGAAGCGGUCGUUCGGUCGGACAUGAAAUCCAUCAUCAUUCUACUGGCGAACGCUUCUCUAGAGCAUAUUAAUUCCACCGUCAGCGGCCGUGACCUGCGAACGCCACUGCAUUUGGCCUGUGCCAUCGGAAAUCUAGCAAUCUCACAGCUUUUAAUCUGGCAUCACGCCAACCUGAAGCACAUCGACCACGAGAGCCGAUCGUGUUUGACGUACGCCAAGGCGGCCAACUCGCUGGCCGCCGCCCGGCAAGCUAGCAAUACCCCGCACCACGUGAACGUGGAAACGACCGCCGCUCUGGUAGAACUGCUUACCAGUCUAGGCUGCACGGAUCCGGCUCCGUUCACGGCCAGCGGAACGCUGCCCCGGCGGAGGGAAACCAUCGAUCAGCCGACGUUCGAAAAGUUUUCCUCGAACGUCAUCUAAACACCGGCAAGCGCCGGGCGACGGAGCGGAGACAAACCCUAGACAUAGGCUAUUAUAUCUAUACGUUCAAAAAACAAUGUGAUCCUUCUAUUUAAAUCGAGAAAAAUAUUCAUCAGAAGCGCGGAAAGAGCGAAAACCUAUAGUAGUAGAAGUAAUAGUAGUAAACGACACCGGUAGAUUUGGUUUUAUUUAUCCUUCUAGAUACUUGUCGAAGGCAAAAUCAUUUAACGCUUAGAUUAUAGACACUUCAAGAGACAGUUUCGUAGGGUAUUAUCUGUUUAGGUUGGAUGACAAAAGGUACCAUCCACUUAGGCGCUUGUAAGAUUCCCCAUACAAAAUCUUUGUUUUUAUGUAUAGAUCUUUGUAUUUUAUUUCAGUUUUUAGUAAAGAUCCCACGUGUAAAAAGGUCCCAUUUUCGAAUAACCGCAAAACGUUGGUUACUGCGCGUAAAUUUUAUCGGAGUUCCCUCGACUUUUUCUAGCUUUAAAAUUUGUUUUUACGAUAAAUACAUUUAGAACCAAUCGCACCGUUUACUUAAAGGAUAAUCUAUAACCAAACAGUUCACUGUUGAUUUUGAUCACUUUUUCCACAGUUUUUUUUUAUAAUAGUUUCAACACUUUUCUGUUAUUUUAUUACUACAAACUUACUACACUAAUUUGAACUUUGUUUAAUUGUCACACACACAGACAGUCACAUUGAAAUAAAAAGGUGUAACUAAACUAAACCGAAACUCAUUCGAUUGUACGGCAAUCAACGGCGCGGCGUGUUGGUAAAAACAGUAUUUUCAAAAUUACAAAUUUGACUGAAAGAUUUCGCAAUUAACUCGUUGCUAUAAGAAAAAUGAACGAUUUGUAGAACGCGGUUUUCGCGGUGAUUUUCGUACAAUCACUACCAUAACCAACAAAACCCCCAAAGAAUGCCAAAAUUUAGUGUCGAACAAGAAAAAAAAAGCUAACACAAAAUACUAACCGGCUUGAAAAGGUUACAAAUUAUAUUGAAUUAAAAAUAAAGCUGAGAAAAUCUAUCCCCUUAAAAUAACGUAUAAAAUAGACAGUCAAAGCAGAAUAGAAAAAAAAUAGUAACAGAUUCUACUUAGCUACACCUAACCUUGAUAGCAAAGAAAACAAAAAAUGUGACAUUUCGGCAUACAAUAGAAAAGCAACUAAAUCGACAUGAUAGAAUGACAGCACCCGUACACAGUAUCAAAGCGUUAGUAUAUUCUCCGGUAUAAAUAACUAGAAGAAAAAAGCCCAAAGUAGCCGAAACUCGCAAUUCUAUCGACCCCGGUACACGACGAGCCCCUCAGCAGCACUCGAAUAUCCUUUACUGCUUUACCACUACCACUUUCCCGUCAUUACACAAUCCUUUCUCCCCUGAUAGUAGCAGCAAAGCAGCAGCAGCAAUAGGAUAGUGAGAUAACAAUGAAGAAGAUCGAAUUAAGUCACAUCACAGUCACGUCACAGCAGCAGCUGCAGUUGGAAAUGGCAACGGCGGCGGCGGUGGCGUCGGCGGUAUUGGCUGAGAAUAAAA